GUUUCAGUCGCUCUCAGUCGUGAACCGAUCGAAGGGAGCGAUCCACGUUUUACGGUUCCGGUGUACAGCGCUACGAGUUUGCCGACCACAUGAAAAUGUUUCCGUGUACUUAAUAUAAUAUUUAAUAAAAUACAUUCUAUUUCAUAUUUAAUAAUACUUAUUAAUGUGCUUAUACGAAUAAAAUAAUAUAGUGACAUCAACUUUAUUUUUAAAGACGCACUAAUAAUAUUGAAAAUUAUUAUUAUAAUAAAAAUUAUUACUUACUUACACAAUGAUUCUUCUGUGAUUAAUAAACAGAUAUUGAGAUGAAGUGCUGAACAUUAUCUUUACACUUUAUCUCUAAAUCUGAUACAGCAUUACAAUGAAAGUAAUAGAACGACUUCUAUUAUUAAGUUUUGUGACUGCGGUGACUCCCGGCCCGCAUUACCGACGUCGAAACAACUCUGAUUAUCUGGUGAAUAAACUUUGUUCAGUCAGAGAACACAUCCGAGGCCAUUGCGAACCCACACAUUUUAAACUCACCUGCCGAAAAGGAUUCGCUGACGAAUGGUUAAAUGGAAUCAAACACGAAAUAUCACAUUUGCAUGUAAUUGAAUGGCCUGGCAAAUGUUUAAAUGUAGGUCAAAUUCAGGAGCAUUUUCCUAACUUGAAAAGCUUGGAAAUAAUUAACAGCACAGUGCUACACUCUUUCAAAGAGAACUUUAAAGCAACAAGCAAAAUAGAGAAUUUAACAGUACACGGACUAACAUCACUAUGGGAAAUACCGCCAGAAAUCGUCGAGAACAUGAAAGAAUUACGCAUUAUAGAUCUCAGAGGUAAUAUGCUGAGACACAUCAAGGCAGGACUGUUAAGAGGACCCAAAUUACAGAGAGUAUACUUAAGUGACAACAAGUGGGAUUGCUCUGACGGUGGCCUCGAUUGGUUAGCAAUGGAACGUGAUAACAACACACUCAGAAAACGUAUCAUUGAUUACUACGACUUGAUGUGCCACCAACAACUUUAUAGAGGGAAACCUCUUCACAAGGUCAUGGAUAUUAUUUGGAAAAUUCGGCAUACAUGUCCAAUGCCAUGCGCAUGCACGAUGACACACGUUGUUUCGGAUGCAGCUGGUACGGUCAUACCACUGAUUACAGUCGACUGUGCUGGGAGAGAAUUGAACCUGCCACCAGCGAAUCUCCCGCCAAGUACUACCACACUGCGACUAGAAAACAAUAAGAUUAAUACUAUAAGAAGUAUAAUCCAGAACCGCGAAUACCAGAAACUGGCUGAUCUAUACCUGGAUAACAACAGUAUUUCUGCAGUUAAAGAGCUUGAGGGGUCCGAAUGGUUCACGACAUUCCGCGUACUCAGCCUGCGUGGAAACAUGUUAAAACAAAUUCCAGUAUAUGCUUUUGACAAAGCUUUUCAAGCAAACAAUAAUAUAAUGCACGUAUUUCUGGGCCGUAAUCCUUGGAGAUGCGAUUGUCAUUUCAUACCUCGGUUCCAAAGUCUACUCCUCAAAUACAAGAGAGUCAUUCGCGAUUUGGCCGACAUAAGAUGUUCGAAAUCUAGCGACAAGACAACAUCUUUAAUGCAGAUUAGCACUAUGCCCCUCGGACAUGUUUGCAGCAAUAACGACAUAGAGAUGCCAAUAAGUCCAAUAAAUAUUGUCAAUUUGGUUUUAUUCGGCCUUAUAUUGCUGAUCAUGGGAAGGUUUUUUUAUGACUGGCAUAAUUUCAAAACAACAGGAAAAUUGCCUUGGUUGUCCUCCAUUCUACCAUAAUGUAUUUAUUUGUGAUAGACAGAAAUAAGUAAACAAUUGAUUAUUUUUUUUAUUAAA